UCAUACGGAGAGAUUUGAAUGUUUUCGCAGUUUCACUAGAGCUGUCCAGAAGGAGUUCCGGUUAGAUAAAAGCGCCAGAGAUUCACGUGUUCUUCCUUUUCAAGUGAAUGCCGAAGUCGUGAACGGACCAUGUCUAGCGGUUCUGCUGACUACAACAGCUCACGAGAUCGAGACCAUGGAGGGCCUGAAGGAAUGGAGCCUGAUGGUAUCAUCGAGAGCAACUGGAACGAGAUUACAGACAAUUUUGAUGAUAUGAACUUGAAGGAAACUCUCCUUCGUGGAAUUUAUGCCUAUGGUUUUGAGAAACCCUCUGCAAUCCAGCAGAGAGCUAUAAUUCCUUGCAUAAAAGGUUAUGAUGUUAUUGCUCAGGCCCAGUCGGGAACUGGAAAAACGGCCACAUUUGCCAUUUCCAUCCUGCAGCAGCUGGAGAUUGAUCAGAAAGAAACUCAGGCUCUGGUCCUGGCACCAACCCGAGAGCUUGCUCAGCAGAUUCAGAAGGUUAUUCUGGCCUUGGGUGACUACAUGGGUGCUUCUUGCCAUGCUUGCAUUGGAGGCACCAAUGUGCGGAACGAAAUGCAGAAACUGCAGGCCGAAGCUCCGCACAUUGUCGUCGGCACACCGGGUCGUGUGUUUGACAUGCUAAACAGGAGGUACCUGUCUCCCAAAUGGAUAAAGAUGUUUGUCCUUGAUGAAGCCGAUGAAAUGCUGAGCCGUGGGUUCAAGGAUCAAAUUUAUGAGAUUUUCCAAAAAUUAAGCACAAACAUUCAAGUUGUGCUGCUUUCGGCCACCAUGCCUGCCGACGUGUUGGAGGUGACCACCAAAUUUAUGCGUGAACCUGUUCGCAUCCUGGUGAAAAAGGAGGAGCUGACUUUGGAGGGUAUCAAGCAGUUUUACAUAAAUGUAGAACGAGAGGAGUGGAAAUUGGACACACUUUGUGACCUCUACGAGACCCUUACAAUCACCCAGGCUGUUAUCUUCUUGAACACAAGGAGAAAGGUCGACUGGCUGACUGAGAAGAUGCAUGCAAGAGAUUUCACUGUGUCUGCUCUGCACGGAGACAUGGACCAGAAGGAGCGAGACGUAAUCAUGAGAGAGUUUAGGUCUGGUUCCAGCAGAGUUCUCAUAACCACAGAUUUGCUGGCACGUGGAAUUGAUGUGCAACAAGUUUCACUUGUCAUCAAUUAUGACUUGCCUACAAAUCGAGAAAACUAUAUCCAUAGGAUUGGCCGUGGGGGUCGGUUUGGCAGAAAAGGUGUUGCCAUCAACUUUGUGACUGAAGAAGACAAAAGGAUUCUUCGAGACAUUGAGACGUUUUACAAUACAACUGUUGAGGAGAUGCCUAUGAAUGUUGCCGACCUGAUUUAAACUUCUGAGAUUUUAACACGGGGAUAGCCGUUGAAUGAUCGUACCAUUUGUGCUUAUUUUAUUGGAAGGGGAAAAAAAAAAAAGCUACUCUCUUAAAUGCUGACCUCGGAUCUGACUUGCGAAUUCAAUACGUGACUCUCUGUGUGGACAGUUGUAGACUCCAACUAUAUCAGUAUUUUGCUGGUGGUGUUUACAAAACAUGGGUUCUUUACAUCUAUUCUUUAUGUGGUAUUUCACUAGUAUGUACAAAAUGUGUGUGUUCGAUGUUCUUCAUCGUUUAGUCAUUUACUUGUGGACUAAAAGAUACAAGUGCUGCAUCAAGUCUGCCAAUUAUGUUAUGCUAACAUAUGUAUGCAGUUUAACUUGGUUCACUUCACCUAUCUUUUCAGUAAUAUAAAGGCACUUUUUAGUUGUUUGUGGAAUGUUAAUUUAAUUAUAAAUUGUUUUUAUGAAGUACUGCUAUUUUGUGAAGUCUUCAAAGUUGGGUCUUAAACGUUCCAUCUAGCUUUUGGCCCAUUUGACAAAAAGGAUUGUGAUUGAUCCUGUCCGUGAAUUGUUGUCUUGUGUGUUUGGUACACAGAGUUGAUCUUGUGGUAGAGCAGGGCACUAAAAUGUAUACCUUAAAUGUGUUUGAUUUGGAUAGAAGUGUCUGCUAAAUGUUUAAAUAUUAAAUAGUUGAACAUAGUCCAUAUAAUUGUAGUUUCAGUUAAAUAACAUAUAUAGAAUAAUCGGAAUCCAUUUCUUAAUUGACCAUACAGGAAUUGACACCUUAUUACUCUUUUGGUGUUCCUGGUCAAAAACUUGUUUACUUUCAAUUAGCACAGGUUUUGUAUUUGUUUUUGGAACAUUGUUCGUAGGCUUCAUUGACCUGAGCCAAUGCACAUCUGUUUUUGAGUGAAAAAGAAUUAUUUGUUCAUAAUUUUGGCAGUAUUAAAAUAUGAGAACAUUCUGUACUAUUUAUCACAAUAGUGUGCUUUAAUGUUUAAGCAGGAAGUUGUUCUUUUUCACAGAGAUGAACUUUCUUACCCUGAACUGCAUUGAACAUCAAUUCAUCCAACAUUACCACACACACCAGAACUGUCUUUGCCCCACAGUGAUCCCUCCAAUAGAAUUGUAGUGUUUCUGUCAAAGAUGACUGUCAAUUGAAAAUGAAUGGGGAAGAUCACAAAAAACAGGACUUUUAUAUACAAAUCUGACCAUUGUGAUUUAAAAAAAAAAAAAAACUGUCCUCAGACCAUUUACACAUUAACACUGUCAUAUGAAAGACAUUUCAUGGAACAAAAAUGCCAACACUUCAUAUUUCUGUUAUAUUUUCUAAACAAACCAAAUCAACGAACACCUGGUGGUUUUGUGUUCUCAUCCACAUGACUGACUAGCUUUUUGCAUGUGCCUUGCAAAUGUGUGCUCUGCAUUUAAAACAAUGUUUGAGGAAAGAAAGAUUCUAUUGGAGAGGGGUCACUGGGGGUCAAAGACAGUUCUGUUGUUUGGUAGUGUUGGAUACAGUUCAGGUUAGGAUAAAGUUGAUCUCUGUGAAAAAGUAAGCAUGUAAUACUCAGUUUGUACGUGAACGUGUGUGUGUGUGCACAGGUCCGAGGCCUUUAUGUUUGCAAACACAUGUGAACAUGGACAUGCUCUUGAACACUUAAAAUUUCUCUUUUUUUUUUUUUUUUUGAUCUCCCCCAUUCAUUUUCAACGGCUAGUCAUUUUUGACCGGGAACACCAGAAGUGUGACUGUGCCAUUUUUUACUAAAUAAAAUCAUUUCAAAACAAACUUCCUGGUUAAACAUUAAAGCACACUAGUGUGAUAAAUAGUACAGAAUGUUUUCAUUAUUUAAUAUUGCCAAAAUGAUCCACAAAUAAUUCUCUUUUUUUCACAACAAAACGGAUGCACAUUAGCGUAGGUCAAUGAGGCCUAUGAUCAAUAAGUUCCAAAAAGAAAUACAAAACCUGUGCUAAUUGAAAGAAAACAAGUUGGCAAAAAGAUGUUAUCCAAUAUUCGGUGAUAAUUUAGCAUAAUAAGAGAUUUAUAAGCAAUUUUUAUAGGCCGGUCAUUUUUGACCGGGAACACCACAAGUGUGACUUUGUGCCAUUUUGUACAAAAUAAAAGCAUUUCAAAUCAA